GUGGAGGAGGAUGGAGUGAGGCAGCAGCUGUAUGAGUGAGUAACAGCAGGCAGAGAGAGGCUGGCAGGAACAGACACAGGAUGAUAUCUUAAUUAUAAGCUUCUGUAAUUGUAUACUGGAGGUUUAUUUUGUUUUGGUUGUGGCUGAAAACUGAAGAAAACAUGAAUUUGCUCACCAUCUUAUAUGAUGUUUGAUACGCACAAUAUUUCUAACUUCUAUCUCUAAAAGAGAAGUUACUCCAAAUUGUAAACCAUAUAUUUUUUGUUGGUUUUAAGGACUGUCAGUUUAGCGAUCAGACAAUAGAGUAUUGUUGCUUCACGUCAUCAUGCUGCUGGCUCUGCUUCUGCUUCUGAGUCUUUGCUCUGACGCUCGCUCCUCCGAGCCGUCGUCCAUAACCAUCCAGUACCGUGUUUGGGAGGAGCAGCCGACAGGAACCCGGGUCGGCCGUCUGGUGGAUGACCUCCGUCAGAGGGACGAAGGCGGCCCUCUUGAGGAUUUCCAGGUGGUGGAGCACGGAUUAGGCCUUCCCUUCUCCGUCAGCACUCAAGACGGGGUCGUCACCACCCAGGGCCGGCUGGACAGGGAGGAGCUGUGCAGCGGAUCGGACCUGUGCGAGCUGGCGUUCAGCGUCCUCUACAGGAAGGGCGGUGCUGUCAACUGCCUGCGGGUUCGCGUGGAGGUGAUGGACCUGAAUGACCACAGUCCCACCUUCCCCAGCGCUCUGCAGGAAGUGGAGAUCUCAGAGACGGCUGGCCUCAGGAUGCGCAUCCCUCUGGACCGGGCCGUGGAUCCUGAUGCCGGGCCUAAUAGCCUGCAAAGCUACUUGCUGUCCGUCAACCAACACUUCACUCUGGAUGUAACGGCUGCGCCAGGCGGGACCAAACAGGCUGAGCUGGUGGUGAUUAAAGAACUGGACAGGGAGGUUCAGGCCACAUUUGACCUGACCCUGGUGGCUUGGGAUAAAGGGAACCCCCCCAGGUCCGGGAGCACCUUAGUCCGUGUUAAUAUUCAGGAUUCAAAUGAUAACAGCCCCGUGUUUGAGGACAGCACCCCUACUGUGGAGCUGUCUGAGGAUACAGCCCGUGGGACAACCAUCAUCAACGUCAAGGCCACGGACCCGGACCAGGGGGCCAACGGGGAAGUGGAGUAUUCGAUAAGCAAACACUCACGUCCGUUGGUUAAGAAGCUCUUCUUUGUUGACCCACAGACUGGAGCUGUGACUAUCAUUGCACCUUUGGACUACGAGGUCGAGACCUCUCAUGAAGUCAUCAUUCAGGCCCGUGAUCGCGGGCCCAAUGCCAUCCCCACACACUGCAAACUGCACGUCAAGCUGAGAGAUGUGAACGACAACGCACCGAGGAUACACAUGAACUGGGCUCCACCCAACUCACCUGUGGCGACUGUGCUGGAAGGAGCCAAAGAGGACACCUUCAUCGCCCUGGUGAUGGUUUCUGAUGCUGAUUCAGGAGAAAAUGGCAAAGUGAGAGCACACAUCAAGCAAGGAUCAGGGCCUUUUCGCCUUAAACGCAACCAACGUGAUAGUUACAUCAUCGUUACCAACGGCACCCUGGACCGGGAAAAGGAAACGCAUUACAACAUCACGGUCAUCGCCCAGGAUCAUGGGGAUCCCCCGCUGUCGUGCGUCAAACAUCUGAUCGUUCAUGUUCUGGACGAGAACGACAACGCCCCGGUGUUCUCCAACUCCGUCUAUAAUGCCUCCUUUGAGGAAAACAAUGUGGCAGGCUACCGCGCUCUCAAAGUGGAAGCCCACGAUGUGGACUUAGAGUUCAGUGGAAGAGUGUCUUACUCCAUACGCAACAUCAAUGAAGUAGAAAUGAACCCAAUACCCUUCUCCAUCCACCAGACCAGCGGUGUCAUCAGCGUCCAGAAGCCUCUAGACUUUGAGGAGUCCAACAGUUAUACGUUAAUGGUGGAGGCCGUGGACCAGGGUUAUCCACCUCUCACCAGCACGGCCUCGGUUCAAAUCGUCAUCCAGGAUGUGAACGACAACUACCCAGUCAUCAAGGAGCCAAAACCCAGAAACGGUGUGGCUUUUCUAAGUGUACCAGUCAAUACGGAGAAGGGGGAGAUUGUGACGGAGCUACGGAAUGACACAGAAGAUGGAUCCACACCUUUGCCGAUCAAUCGCUCGGUUGCAGAGGGGUUUGUUGGAUUCCUUGCGUCCACCAUAAAGGCCAAAGACCCGGACUCGGGGCUGAACGGACAACUCAGCUACCUCAUCACUGAUGAAAACCCCAAUAAACUGUUCUUAUUAGACAAGGCUACAGGUCAGCUGUUUGUUAACACCACCAAUGCCACUGAGCUAAUUGGGAAAACAUUUAAAGUGAACAUUGCUGUUUCUGACAUGGGGACGCCCAGCCUGACCACCAAGGCAACUCUAGAGGUGACUUUCAUCAAUCUCAAAGACCACCUGAAGAACUCCUCACCCGGUAACAGAGGUCAGCUCAGCUUCACCAUGAUGAUGGCGAUCUGUUUCGGUGCCACCUGCCUGCUGCUGCUGUUGGCCUUCGCUUUGGUGACGACGUUCUGCCGCCCGGAAAAACGUGACAGCCGGGCGUACAACUGCAGACAGGCCGAGUCCACCUACACCCGCCACCCUCGACGCCCGCAGAAGAACAUCAGGAAGUCGGACAUUCAGCUCAUCCCCGUCAUCAGAGGCCGAACAGACGACUCUCCUGAGGAUGAUAGUGAGUCCCAGCCACUGGCCCCGCCUCCAUUGACGUCAGACGAGGAUCAAACUGAGAGGCAGUAUACAUUAACGCCGUCCGUCAUGAACACCAGCUUCCACUCCCAAGGCUACCCAGAAGGGGAUUCCUCCCACCACGGCAAAACGCUCCGGAAACCCGCAAACAUCGAACUCGAUGGAACUCUGCCGCUGACACCCGCCUCGUCAUACAGGACUCUUCGGAAAUCCAGGAACGCUUCUUCAUCAUCUUCUUCAGUCUCUCAUUCGAGCACCUUGAAGCGGCCGACUCACUCUAAGGAAGAAGAGGCACAGCAGAGUUCCUCCACCCAGGCGACUCUCCGGAGGCCGAGGACCUCGGAGGGGCGAGGGGGGCCCGAAGCAGAACACCGGCAGAUGCUUAGAAACCUGGUUCGUCUGUCCAUGGCCGCCUUCGGAGAGUCCAUCGAGCUUUCCUCAGCUUCCCCAGAAGUGCAGCAGAUCUCCCAGCUCCUCUCUCUCCUCCGGCAGGGUCAGCUGCAGCCCCGGACAAACUUCAGAGGAAACAAAUACUCUCACCGCAACGGCAGAUAUGGAGGUCAGGACUGUUCUGAUUGGCAGAGCACUAAGGACAGCGGACACGGCGAGAGCGAGGCCGGAGACGUGGACUGGGAACCGGGAAGAGACUCCCCCAUAGACCCCCAGCUGGAGGAGGGCCUCCACAACCUGCUCAACAGCGCAGAUGACGUCUUCUCAGAGGUCAGCGACCCGGCCUGGAUGGCCCGCCUCUCUCUCCCGAUCAGCACUGAUUACCACGACAACGUUUUUGUCCCUACCGGGCCCCCGUCCCCUGAGAGUGAGCUCCCCCCCCGGGACGCCCUGGACUCCUCGUCCUUCUCCACAUUUGGUAAGACUCCAGAGAAGGACGGUCCCCUGGGGGGGGCGCUGCUCUCCGAGGUCAGCACCCUGUUUGAGAUGCUGAUGACGCAGAAGGCUGACUCCCACCCCUGGCCCACGCCCGACGUACUGUACCGCCUCUCCGCUGCGUACCGGCGUUCGCUGGGCCUCGACGCCACCGCCGCCAACACCCCAAGGAACUCUGGGAACUCUGAGAAGAGGCCCGGCCCGGCUGCCCCCCCCGGACUGUACCAAUAGCGGUAACGUCCGUUCGCUGAACACUGGAAAGACUCUGGGUAGGAGGAGGAGGAUGUUGGGAUUUAGAGGCAUUACGUGAGGAAAUAUGAUUUGAAUGACUGUAAAUAAAACCACGAUGAAUCAUUUUUUGUAGAAUCACAACUAAAAUAUAGAGGAUGUGCCACGUUCAACACUUCAGGAAACAAACAACAGUUGCCAAGAGGCUGAGGUUGCUUUCAAAAAAACAGUUUCAUCUUAUUGAUGAACAACGUCCACAGCAGCAUUUUAUGAAUAUCUUUUAAAAGUCAACGGGAAAUACAGCCACCCUCAGGUAAACCCACACAACCAACCCAUGGCAAUUAAACAGGAGAACAGGAAGUGAAGGCAGGACCUUCAGACACGUUUAGAUUGGUCUUAAUUGGAUCCCCUUCUCCACACCGUUGUAUGAAGGCUGGAAAUGACAGAGCUUUGUUAAUUAGUGGAGCUACAGUCCUUCAAUCAACACUUCGACACUUCGAUCAGCCUUAAAGGAGAGUAAGUAAAAGAAGUCAAGAGUGAUGGAGGGUAAAAAAAGAAGGUGGUCUAUAAGAGAAAACGGGAAGUUGAGCAAUAACGGUAAAUCUGAAAGUGUCCUCGUAAAGUUUUGUUGAAAUGUCAUUUGAAACAGGAGUGUACAUUUUGAGAUCUCUUCAAACCAAUGAUAUGAGACAUUUUCUUUAACUGGUGCCACAAACAUCAAUACAUCAGGAAGCCUCCAGCAGUUCAAUCAGCUUUAAAUCAAAGUCUAUAGAGAUGAGGUAGUUGUGUAGGCUGACCUGUAAGCUAGCAGAAAAUAAGUGUACACAAAACCAUUGACUUCGAGACGAGGGGACAGGAAGUGGUAAAAUGCUAAGUCUUUUCCUGGUUUAGGACUCCUUACUGCACCAUUCUAUCUACUAUUCCAGGAACAUUUCUGAGAGAAAGUGAACAGACAGGAGUGUGUCGACUAAAAGAGAAAAUAAAAGUGUCAGAAUUUACUCUGAUAAAGAACGGGAAGUGAAGGGAGGAACUUUAGAAGGGAGGCUAAAUGGGAAAGUCUAGUUUCCUAGUGUCCUUGUAACCUUGAUCCCUUUCAGGACGUUAAAAUCUCGGCUAGUCUUUUGUGUUUGGGCCGGCAGAAAGCGAUCAGGCAUGGACAGGAGGAAAUGUGGCAUGAUCUUUUUGUUCUUCCUCAAAAACAUUGAGAUGUUUUGAUUAUGAUCACCAUGUUUAGAUUACUGUUUGAAGGCAGACAUGCUGAAGAUGGUAGGUCUUUGUUUUUGAGCUACAGUACUUGUUGCCUCCUGAAUCAGCUUUCAAAGACAGGAUUUAUGUGUGAUAGAAAGUGGAAAAAGACAGGAGUCCGUAGGCUAAAAAGAAAGUACAAAGGACUCUGAAAGACAAGCAAGGCGAUGGUAAAACAGGAAGGGGAAGGCCGGAACUUCAAUCACGUAAGGAAUCAGCAUUUAGGGCGAAUCUGGACGUCUGAAACGGGGCCUGGUUCUCUUGUAACCUCGAUCCUCUCAGGUUGUUUUAAUCUUGGCUGCUCCUUUGUGUUUGGGCCAUCAGAAAGCGAGCCGGCGACCUGGAGGAAGUGUGGCAUUGUCUUGUUGUUUUUCCUCAAGACUAAACAGAAAAGCAGCUGAAUGCAGGAGGAGGAGGAGGAGGAGGAGGAGGAGGUGUUAGUUGAACCGAGAGAAAACCGCCUCAAAACCACUGUUUGGAAAUCUGGGAUAAGUUAUUGGUUCAAAGGUCUGAUUUCACUUUGCUUUAAUUGUUCUUUUUUUUUACUCUAUUUUGUAAACCAGAUGAACAGCACUUUGUAAAUAUUGCUUUUGUAAAACGUUUUAUAUCAAGAACACUUUUGUGAAUCAUUGUUUUGUACGUUUUUCAAUAAAGUUUGUAUCAUGUUUAAA